GGUGCGGGCGGCGGGGCCGGCGCUGAGCCGCGACCUGCUCGAGCUCUACUUCGAGAACCGGCGCAGCGGCGGCGGCCGCGUGAGCGACGUGCGGCCGCUGCCAGCGGGGCGCGGGGCCGUCGUCACCUUCCAGGAGGCAGCGGCCGCGGAGCGGGUGCUGCAGAGGCCACACCGGCUGCAGGACACGGUGCUGGAGCUCGUGCCCCACUUUCCCUUCCUGGAGCAGCUGGAGGCCAGCACGGCCGUGCCCCCGGACGGGGUCCCACCUCCGGACGUGGAGCCCCUGCUGCUCAGGGAGCCCUCGCUGGGCACAGAUUGCCCGCUGCACUCGGAGCCAUCCUCAGAGCGCACCGCGGCACACACGGACCCUGCGCCGGACGCAGCGCCGGCAGCACCAACACCACACCCGGGGCCGGGACGGCCGCCAGCCGCCUUCCCCAGCGGGGACAAGGACACCGAGGGGUUCCGGGCCGUGCCGAGCCAGGCCCAGCUCCCCGGGCCUGUGUCGGUGGUGGUGCCGGAGCCGAUGUUGGCGGUGCCGGCGCAGGACGAGUCGCUGGUGCCGGCGGAGCCGGGAGCUGUGCGGUACCUGCAGCAGCACUACCAGGACGUGCUCAGCAGCGUCCCCGAAGUGUCCCUGCUGCCCCUGGAGGGAGGGGACGUCUCUGGGUUCCGGGUGAGUGGGGAGCCGGGCCAGUGCCAGGCCGUGGCGGAUUUCCUGCAGAGCCUGCUGGACUCGGUGGCCUCGCACCCCACAACCCUGCGCUUCCCCGGCGUUGCCCGCUUCCUGUGGGACCCGGCUGGGCAGAGCCUCCUCCAGCAGCUGGAGAGCCGCUUCCAGUGCGUCAUCCAGCUGGACGGUGAACCCUGGAGCCCUCCAGAUGCCCAGCUGGAGCUGGAGGAGCUGCUGCCCCCAAACACCCACCAGGAGCCCCAGUCACACUCCUGGCACGGGGACCUUCCUGAGGGUAACAACGCCGCUGCUGAUGGCGAUGGUGACGGUGGUGACGAAGGCUUUCGUUCCAGCGCAGAGCUGAUCAGGGAGGUGCUGGCAGCGCUGCGCCCGCGCGACGCCGACGACCGCGGCAGCCCCGACCCGUGGCCUGGCGCUGUCCCCGGCGACGAGCGCAACCCCGACGCUGCGUUCAUCUCUGCGGCCGGCGGGGAGGGUGCCAGGGAGCUGCUGUCGGACACCGGCGCGGAGGAGGAGGAGGAGGUGCAGAUGGCCCUGCCCAUCCAGUACUCCAUGGACCACGCGAGGGACGAGCAGGAGGAGCUGGCGCGCGCCACCGCUCUGUCCCUGCGCUCCUACAGCCGGGAGCAGGAGCAGGAGCAGGCCGAGGAGGACGCCAGGCUCCUGGCCGCGCUGGAAGCCUCGCUGGAGGAGGCGCUGCUGGCGGCAGACGCGGCGCAGGUGACGGUGUUCGGCUCCUUCGAGCGGGACAUGUCGCAGGUGGCGCAGGAGCUGCGGCGGGCGCUGGCCGGGCGGCAGCGGGCGCAGGAGUUGGCGAGCCAGCGGCUGCGGGCCCUGCCGGCCGCCGGCCGCUGCGCGCUGGCUCUGCUGCGGUGCCGGCACGCCGUGCAGCUCAGCCUGAGCGGUGACACCGCCACGCUGCGCGGCUUCGCCGACUACACGGCCCCUGCCGCCCGAGACCUCGCGUGGCUGCUCCACCGCCUGCCGCCGUCGUCAGGGCACGCUGCCACCGCUGCCACCACGCAUUGGGUGCGCUGGGAUCCCUCUGGCACCGCUGUCCCCUACGCGCCCGAGGCAGCGGCGCUGCUGGAGCAGGCCUGGUUGCGCCAGGAGCGCCGGCUGGAUCUGGUGCUGGAUGGGCGGCCCUUCACCGUGGAUUUGGAGCGCAUGGAGGAGUUGGACAUCGGCAGCGCCCGCGCCGCGCCCGUCUGCCGCAGCCGGCCCCCGCUGGACAGCACCUUCUUCCCGCUCGGGCCGGAGGUGGCUGGGCUGGAGGAGGAGGUGCGGCUGAUGGCGCUGGCUGAGGACUCGGAGGAGUUCGCCGACACGGUGCGCCAUUUCUGCGGCACUCUGGAGGAGCUGCAGGGCCAGAUCAGCGUCGUGCAGGUGCAGAAGCUGAUCCACCCAGUGCUGUACAAGCAGUACCAGCUGAAGAAGGGCAGCGUGAAGCGUGCCUGCGCCGCCGGCACCGCCGUGGAGCGCGUCCUCUUCCACGGCACCACCAAGGCCUCCAGCUGCGAGAUCUGCCUGCACGGCUUCAACCGCAGCUUCUGCGGGAAGAACGCCACGCUCUACGGCCGCGGCGUUUACUUCGCGGCGCGCGCGGCGAUCUCGGCGCGGGACCGCUACUCCCCGCCCGGCGCCGACGGCGCCAAGUUCAUCUUCAUGGCCAAGGUGCUGACCGGAGAGUUCGCGGCCGGGCGGCGGGGGCUGCGGGCACCCCCUCUCCGGGAGGGCUCCGGGGUGCCCCAGCGCUACCACAGCGUGGUGGAUGACCCGCGGCAGCCCGACAUCUUCGUCAUCUUCAACGACACCCAGGCCUACCCCCAGUACCUCAUCACCUGCCGCAGCCGCCGCGGGGGCCCCCUCUGAGCCCUCGGAGCCCCCCGGCAGUGGCUCUGCUUCGUGGACCCCUUUUUAUCCUCCCGGCGUCCCCUGGCACUGGUGCCAAAGCGGGGGUUGCGGUGUCCAGGGGCUCGAGGUGUGCAGGGAUGUUCCUGGCCUGCCCAGGAGCUCAGAGUGGGGGGAUCCUCACUUGGGGAGGUGCCAGGGCACCCUCGUGCCAGGGCAGGAGGUGGACAGGAGGACUUUGGGUCACCCGUGUGACACCAGUGAAAUAAAACUUGGAAUAAAACUUCAAAUAAAAUUUGGAAUAAAU